CUUCGGGGUCAGAUUCGAAGCCGCUUUGGCGCCAAAUCCUGAGGUUCUCUAAUGAUCUUGCUUCACCAUGGCAACAAAAAUGGAGGUGCUGGCUCAGCAGAUAGUGGAGACACAGCAGGUGGCUGAGGUACAGACUGUGCAGACAUCACUUUCUGAAUCUCCAGUAAUGACCAGCCCCUCACAGCGCAUCCAGAUAAUCUCUACAGACUCUUCAGUUGCUUCACCACAGCGCAUUCAGAUUGUGACAGAUCAGCAAACAGGACAGAAAAUCCAGAUAGUGACUGCAGUGGACUCCUCCGUAUCCCCGAAACAGCAAUUUAUCUUGACCAGUCCAGAUGGAACUGGAACAGGAAAGGUGAUAUUGGCAUCACCUGAGACAUCCAGUGCCAAGCAGCUUAUUUUCACCACCACGGACAACCUGGUUCCUGGCAGAAUCCAAAUUGUGACGGAUUCUGCUUCUGUUGAGCGCUUAUUGGGGAAAGCAGAUGUCCAGCGGCCCCAGGUGGUAGAAUAUUGUGUGGUAUGUGGAGACAAAGCAUCAGGUCGUCACUAUGGGGCUGUCAGUUGUGAAGGCUGCAAAGGUUUCUUUAAAAGAAGUGUAAGGAAGAAUUUGACAUACAGUUGCCGAAGCAACCAGGAUUGUAUCAUCAAUAAACAUCAUCGAAACCGCUGCCAGUUCUGUAGACUUAAAAAGUGCUUAGAGAUGGGCAUGAAAAUGGAAUCUGUUCAGAGUGAAAGGAAGCCUUUUGAUGUGCAACGGGAGAAACCAACCAAUUGUGCAGCUUCAACAGAGAAAAUCUACAUCAGGAAAGACCUAAGAAGUCCCUUGAUAGCCACGCCAACCUUUGUAGCAGACAAAGAUGGCACAAGACAAACAGGUCUUCUUGAUCCGGGAAUGCUUGUCAAUAUCCAACAACCUUUGAUACGUGAUGAUGGUACAGUCCUUCUUGCUGCUGACUCCAAGGCUGAGACAAGCCAGGGUGCUCUAGGCACAUUGGCAAAUGUAGUGACAUCCCUUGCCAACCUCAAUGAAUCUCUGAAUAACGGUGACCCUUCAGAAAUCCAACAAGAGGACCAAUCAGCAAGUGAGAUCACUCGGGCAUUUGAUACCUUGGCAAAAGCACUUAAUACCACAGAUGGCUCUUCAACACCAAACUUAGCAGAUGGGAUGGAUCCUACAGGAGGAGGGAACAUUCAUGUCAUCAGUAGAGAUCAGUCAACACCCAUCAUCGAAGUAGAGGGACCCCUACUUACAGAUACACAUGUCACGUUUAAACUCACAAUGCCCAGCCCAAUGCCAGAGUACCUCAACGUGCACUACAUCUGUGAGUCAGCUUCCCGGCUGCUGUUCCUCUCCAUGCACUGGGCCAGAUCCAUUCCUGCCUUUCAGGCCCUUGGUCAGGACUGUAAUACGAGCCUGGUACGUGCCUGCUGGAAUGAGCUCUUCACCUUGGGUCUGGCCCAGUGUUCCCAAGUGAUGAGCCUCUCCACUAUCCUAGCAGCUAUUGUGAAUCACCUACAGAACAGCAUACAGGAAGAUAAACUUUCUGGUGACAGAAUAAAGCAAGUCAUGGAACACAUCUGGAAACUUCAGGAGUUUUGCAACAGUAUGGCUAAGCUGGAUAUCGAUGGGUAUGAAUAUGCAUACCUUAAGGCAAUCGUACUCUUUAGCCCUGAUCAUCCAGGUUUAACCAGUACAAGCCAAAUAGAAAAAUUCCAAGAGAAAGCCCAGAUGGAGUUACAAGACUAUGUGCAGAAAACCUAUUCAGAAGACACAUACAGGCUGGCUCGGAUUCUUGUUCGUCUCCCAGCACUUAGGCUGAUGAGCUCCAGCAUUACCGAAGAACUUUUUUUUACUGGUCUCAUCGGCAACGUUUCAAUAGACAGCAUAAUCCCCUACAUUCUGAAAAUGGAAACUGCAGAGUACAAUGGCCAGAUAACAGGAACGAACUUAUAAUGGGAACAACACAUCUCCGUGGAUCAAAAUCAUUUUCAUAGAACCAAUAACCACACCAUUAAGAUAAAAAGAAAAUAAAAAUAGUGCUAUUUUGGUAUGUACAGAUAUUUCCCGUAUGUUAACCAUUUCCUACCUGGUUUCUUCGUCUAGGAGGCCCCAACAGUAGCUACUGAAAGCCUAGGCUCCUUUUCUGCCACAAGGAAUAUUUUAAUGACUUUUGAUUUCAAAAAAACAAAUAAGGUAUCAGAUUUCUGAGCAACCUUUUAACUCACUUUGUAUUUAGAAGUUGACAAAGGGCAAAAAAUGUUUUAUAAUGUCAGAGACUAGUAUUAAAGAAUACUAAAAACAGUAUCUGUAUAUAUAUAUGUAUAUAUAUAACAGUGUCCUUGGGAAUAUUUAGAAAUUAAUUACCAGGGUAAUGACAUGAGCACUUUCUAAGAACUUCUUGUCCACUUGAUAAUGUUAUCAGCAUCCUGCCCGUGAAUAGGCAAGGAGAAAAUGAUACAUGUCCUUGGCCAAAAUGCUGAUGAUUUCUGUGAAAACUCAGAGGGGGACAGAAAAAGUGACAAUCACUUGUACUUAAGGCAAAAAGACAUUGUGAGUUUGUAUGCACAUGGUGGUGGUGUGCAUCUUUAGAGUCCUCAAAACUACUGAGAAUGUGGUUUAUUUGCAGCAUGUCUAUAGCACAAUUAGCAGCCGAAUAACUGCCACAGCCAUGGCCCGAGCAGGGAUGGUCAGUGGUCAUGAACCCUCUGGAGAGGUGGAUGUGAUCAUGGAGAGCCAGGACUUGGCUAAUAGUUGGCUCUCUGGAUUGCAGUGCAAUUAGUGAGUGAUUAACUGCCAGGAUAGAUAUUCAGCCUAUCCAGUAACUGAAUGUAUCCCCAAUUUACUCCUUCCUUCUAUUGGCUCCACAGCACAGUGGGCAUUUUGUUGGCUUCUGCAGGCCCACAGUGCUUCUUUGAUCAGUCCCAGAUAAAUAGAAUCAGAUACAUAGAAAGUUUUCCUCCCCCUGCCUCCAUUCCCUGAAUUCUCCCAUUUCAUAUACAUUGAUGUGCCAUUUGGGUUGGCAUUCAGAAUAUAGCUUAUUUAAAAAAAAAAUCAUGUGCUCCUGCAGUUAAUGACUAAUUAAUUGUAUUAAGGUUACUAAUGUCUUUGGCUUUUGUACUGGAGAAAUGACUCAGUAUCAGGGUGUUAAACUGGUAUUGAUAAGUUCCUACUUAAUCUGAAUAGAAUGUGUGACUGGGGAUUUUGAUUUUCUCUGUUGUCAUUCAGACACCAAUCAUAUUGCUUUUAUUUUGUCUUCAUCAAACUGCUUUGAUCAAUGUAACCUUUGUGUGUGUGUGGCCAGUCACUGAGAUGAGGGCACUGGCACCUAGUGGGUGCUUUGAGCACCCGCUUUUAUAAUGGCCUGUUUCCCACCUCGGGCUCCUGGGUGUAAGGAUCAAGCAAAGAAUGUGUCUGCUAUUACUUUAAAGAAUUAACAGCCAUAGAUGAUCAUCCAGAUAGAGCAUUUAAAUUAAUUCAGAAGGAUAUUAAUAAGGGGGAAAGUCUAGAUUCACCACUUUCUGUUCCCUUUUUGUGUUCGUGCAAAUUAAGAAAAAAAUCCCAUAAUGUGGAUUUCAGUGUUGUGUCCCUUGACAGAUGAGUCUGUUAGCAGCUGCAGGUGACUUUUGAGGUAACAAGUGCUAUCUCUGAAUAGCUAAGUUCUACUGCUUUCAUCAUCACCCUGUCACGGUAAGACUUUUUCCCUGGCCACACUUGUCCUUUGGCUUACAGGUCCAGCUUCUUCACUUUGAUAUGUCACAUUCCAGUAUUUCUCUUUUCAUAACAAUUGGACAGAUUAAUUGCCUGGUAUUAUAUACAAGGUGCAAGAGAAAACCGAUCAUCCCUAGCACUAACACAAGCAUCCCUAUUGUCUGCUGUGCCACCUUGUUAAAUGAGCUAGAAGCUGCCUUAGCUUUCUGGAGUCUCUGUUCAGAGUCAACCAAAAUUAAGUAUUAGCCAUUCUUUAAGACGGCAUUGUUAGUGGGAAAUCCAUUCACUUAAGACAUCAGUCCCCACUUCUAAACUCCAUUUUGAUGGAACACCUCAUGGUAUUAAAUGUGACCAUUUAAAAUUAUGUAAAUAUAAAGAAAAAUAACAUAAUUUUCCUGCUUUUUGGUAAGUUUUUUUUUAUUGACUCUCCAAUGUUUUGAAUGAAGGGGAAAAAAUUGGCCAAAAUAAUGAAGUUGAUGGCUGUAUCAAUCCAAAGGAUGUUGGUAGAUGACACUUGUAAACAAUAGGUAUCCCAUAAAAAAUGAUACCGUUUUUAAAAGCAGGCACACUAGUGAUCAUGUGGUAUAGUUCUAGAAGAACAGCUUUUAUGUUAAGGCUUUCAUGGAACCAUGUUGGCUCUGAGCUCCUUGUUGGUAGUGGCUUUGACUUGUUGAUGCAUGCUAGUUCACCUGAUUCCCAUUUCAUUUGAGGGUUGGGGGUGGGAAGUGCUUUCCAUGUUCAUUGUGUUGUUUUGAUUUAAACUGUCUCAUCAAAUUGGUGUAAGCCAUCAUAACACUAAGACUAAUGUCCCCAGAGACAGUUAUUUCAAAUAUGUUAGAAGAAUGGGAUAGAUAGACCACCGUAAGAGUUACGUUUCUCUUCUAUAAAUUACUCAAAUGCUAACACUUUGGUGAAGAAUUAACCUUAAGAAAGAUUAGGAUUUGUGCUACAAUGACUUUAUAGUGCCUGAAGAAACAAGUCACCUUUAGUUCUUUGUUUGUUUACAUUAUUUUAAACUAAAUCCCUGCCAGUGCUGACCAAACUGCUUCUAAGGAAACAAAAUAUUGUAAGUUUUGAAACACUCUCCCUAAUGCCUAAACAAUUGGUUCAAUUAUCAAAGAAUAAUUUUCCAUAAUGAUUAUUUCAAAUGAAGGACUUAAAUUCUGUCCUAUCAGAAAUUGUCUAGGCUAGAGACUACAUCAGAAUAGCUUUGACAGUCUCUUUAUUUUCAGCAACUGGGCAAAGAAAAACAAGCUGUUGGGUCUUUACUUCUUUAAAGGAAUUCCUUCCAAAAGAUUGGACUCAAACUUUGACUGAGUCUUAAGUUAUUACCAUUUCUUAUUAAUAGAGCUCAUGAAAUACCAAAUUUAGCAAGAAGAGAGAUCAGGUCUCUAUCCACUAAGAACUCUGAAUAGGAGAGAUUAAAGUUGUCUCCAGACAGUGAAGUCCUUUUAGUCUACAUUAAUAAAGAGAAUGCCUCCAAGAUGGAGAGUGGUCUUAACAAUGGCCAGUUUAACAUUUAGCUGUUACCUAGCCUGCAACAGAGCCACAAAUACUUAGAUUUCUUUUUCUUUUACACUUUAUGAGACGUUUUCCCCACAUAAACAUCCUGCUAAAGAGCAGUCAUAUAUCCAGGAAACAUGAAGUUGAUAUCCUUGCUGAUAAUAGGAUAUGCCUUAAGGU